UGUCAGUGACAACUGACAAAAAUGCAAGCAAAAAAGUUAAUGCGACAGAAGAACUAUGGAUGAACAUAUCAAUGGGUAACAUCACAGCAGGAGACAGAAUCACAGGUGGUUCAAAGGCUCGAGUGACUGACUACGCCUUCUACGCCAGAGUGAUAAUAGACAAACGUUACUGUGGUGGGACGAUAAUCAACACUCUGGAGGUGGUGACAGCCGCCCACUGUGUGUUCAAUGACAACGCUAUGAAGUGGUUCCAGCCGGGCCAGAUCGAAGUGCGCACUGGUGACUUCACACUGACCAAAACUACACAGGUCGAUAUUAAAAAGUCGCAGAAGCACUCUGUGAUGCAGUUCCAAUAUCUGGACCAGUACAGGGGAAACCCCAUCAUUGGAUACGACUUCGUGGUGCUAAGACUCUCUUCCAUGAUACACUUUGACAAGUACAGAAAGGCACUGGAACCGUGCACUGGCUUCACGGCGAACAGCAGAGGCAAUUCUCUGAUGGCUGUGGGACUGGGAUACACAGAUGGGGUCAGACAGACCAAGGCCAUAACACUCAUGAAAGUGGCGUUGACUGAGGUGAAUGCGGUCAUGUGUGAGACAGCUUACCCUGGCAAUUCCGCUCCGAAAAGGGAGCUACGUCUGCACACAAGACACAGGCGGAAGAGACACCUGCAAAGCUGGCUCACCUGUGCUCGUCUAAACAGUUGCAGCGUGAAGAAUCUUCGUCAUCAGAAUACGCCAGUGUUGAUUACUAUGAGUCAUCAGAUCGGGUCACAAAUGGAAGUAUGCGAUUCGUUUCAUCAGGCGACAGAAUCACAGGGGGCUUAA